AUGGCCAUUUGCAUAUCAAACCAGCAGAAACUGGAGCUCUCUCUUGCUGCCUUAUCGCAAGACGAGAGAACUAAGGUAUUCUACAUUUAGCUCCAAGGCCUACUUGAAAAAUGUAUCAAGACUAGUGUGGACCCAGUAGAAAUCCUAUUGAAUUCCCGAACCCCAAAACUGAACGAUAUCUCAGAACCAGAUUCGAAGGAUCCUGAUUUUUCACAGUGCACGUGAAAAAUUUAUAAUGCCCUUGGUAUUUGUUAUUCAGUCUAUGGUAAACAAUUUCCCCGCUGACGGUGCGCUUCUACACUGGUAGAAAAUAAUAUCUUUAUUUUUGGAGGUAGAGGACAAGAAAAUCAUUCAAGGAAUUCUUUUCAUAUUUUAGACCUUGAGACCAACCAGCUAGUGACUUUAAAAACGAAUGGGAUACCAAGACCUAGGGAAGGACAUUCAAUGGUCACAUAUGAAAAUUUUGUUAUUGUAUUCGGAGGCUGUGAGGGUGGAGAAGAAGCUAAGCCUUUUAAUGAUGUGAGGGUUUUUGAUAUGAAAUCAAGCACUUGGGAUUUGUCCAAAGUAAGAGGGCAAAGACCUCAGGGAAGAUAUAAUCAUGGAGCAGCGUAUCUUAACAACCAAAUGUUUAUUUAUGGAGGAAAUGGAGGGGAAACUAUUUUAAGCGACAUGUAUUCACUGUUAUUACCAAGCUAUGAAUGAAGAGAGCUAACACAAGAAAAUUCCCUUCCUGGGCCAAGAGAAAAUAUGGGUUGUACAGCUGCAUGUGAUAAAAUUUUUAUUUUUGGCGGAAAUCAGCAGACAAAUGGGACGAAUUUUUCUAACGAGUUAUAUGAAAUAGAAAUUAUAGAAUAUACUGCAAACUGUAUUAAAAAAAUUCCUAAUGGUCCAAGUCCACCAAAAAGAGUAUUUCAUACACUAUUGAAUUUAAAUGAUAAAUAUCUAGUGCUGUUUGGCGGGCAAAAUGAAAUAUCCAUGCUUAAUGACGUUUGGACUUAUGAGAUUGCUCAAAAUCAAUGGGCUGAAAUACACAUCUUGAAUGAAAUUGCUGGAAGAAUUUCUUUUGGGUCUUGCAUCUACAAGAAUAGUUUAGUUGUCUUAGGAGGUAAAGCCUCAGAUGGAGUUGUUCAAAGUGAGUUUUCUGUGUUAAAUUUUAGUAAAUAUACUGCUGAUGAAACCUCUACGAUUUCUUCUAUAAAGUCUGUUCAAAAUUCAUCCUCCCCUACCUAUUUAGCUUGCCAAAAUUGUCAGCAUUCUGAUGAAUCCUGCAAUUUCACAGAAAAAUUCCCUGAAAUUGGAAAUUUUCGUUCCAAUUUUUACGUUCUUACUCCAAUUCCUAACCCUGUGCUUAAAUAUUUUUCAGAAGAGUUUGAUAAUCCUUUAUUGUCAAUUCUAAGAAUAGCUGAAAUCAUCGGGAAAGAAGAUUUUAGAAUUAAAAAUAUAGGAAGAGGCUUAGUGAGAGGGUCAACUUAUUUAAAAGUGACCCCAGAGCCUGCUAAAAUUGAUUUUAAUUUUCUUCAUGCCAAACUAUAAUUGUUUUAUUUGAUUGCUAGCUGAACAAUUAAAUGCAGAUUGAGCUAAAAAUUGGUAGCAUAAUUACAAUUGAUAGGCUAUUUACUAAUAAAAGAUAUAAACCAAGAAUAUCAUUUAAGACAAGAAAUGAUAGCAAAUUGGAAAUCUUGUAAGACUGAUAAAAACGUAAUGAUUUUAGGCUUAGAAACAUCUGCGAUGUAUACUCCUGAAGAAAUCAUGGGAUUUUGCAAUAAUCCAGGCAAAAAUAACAUUAUUUUCCCUCUGAUGAGAAUUUCUGAAAUUGCAGCCAUUGUGAGUAGAAAUGAAGAAUUUUUAAGUGCUCUGGUAAUUGAAAGGCAAAAUCAGUUUUCUCCCUGCUUUUUUGUCGUUUUUGACAAGAGCAAUAAGCCUGUUUACCCUAUAAAAGAAGCUUAUAAUGGGAAUAUUAUUAAUAUCACCAGAAGGAGCCAUUUAGAUUUACCAUCUAUUUUAUCACACAGUUUCGGUACCACAAUUUAUGUAUACUCCUCUGAUUUUGAAAGUGAGCUCAAUGAAAUUUAUUACAAAAACAUCGAAAUGACCACUUUUUUAAAAUUUGCCUAUUUAAAAUCCCCAUUUCCUCUAAAAUUCUAUAUAAAUUCCACACUUAUUGAAAAAGACACAUCAAAAAAGAAUUUUUCAACCGGAAUUGCUUCGAAUUCUCAAUGGGAAAUAUGAAAAACAGAAAUCGACUUUUUUUCACUAUUAAUUUAUUCCAAAAAUAGACUUAUUUAUUGGGAAACUAAGAAAAACAAUAUAAGACGAUGUAGGGAAAAGGAGUCAAUAAUUGUGAAACUUUUAACAGAUGAGCUGAUAUCGCCUAUUACAAAUCAAAUUAAAUGGGAAAAAGAGACCAUGUACUUAUUUGCUGAUAUAUAUAGAGAAGGCACAAAAAGAAAAAAAGGUUUAGCUUCUGAUGAUUAUGUCUAUACUUAA